CCGAGCGGCCGACGCGCCUCCGGGCUACAUUCCAUUUCCAGGGAUUGUUCUGCUGCUGCCGAGGCUCGCGCCCAUGCCCAUGUCCUAGGACGAUGGCGAGCGUCGCCUUUUGCAUCGCAUUGUUGCUUGUCUGUUUCGUAAGCUGUACAGAUGGCAUUGAAAUCAAAAUAUGGGAGAAUAAUGGAAUCAACAGUUAUCUCGUUAGCAGGAGUAGGACUGCUAAAGUGAUGGAGGUUUAUUCCAUCUUUUUACAAGUGCAAUCAGAUCGGAAUCAUUACCCAUUUUCUGGAGUCCUUUUUGUGCACGUUUUGAAGAGAGAGUACUUUAAAGGGGAAUUUCCUCCCUAUUCAAUGAAACUUGCUGAUGCCAAGAUUGAUCCGAUUACGUUUAAGACAAAUCUGAAAGGAUAUCCAGACAGACCUGGCUGGUUGCGAUACAUUCAAAGAACUCCAUACAGUGACGGUGUACUUUAUGGAUCACCAACCAUUGAGAAUGCUGACAAACCAACAAUAAUUGAGAUCACUGCUUAUAACAGAAGAACAUAUGAAACUGCACGCCAUUCUCUGAUUCUCAACAUCGUGGCUUUAAAUGAUUAUUCCUUGCCAUAUCAAGCGGAGUUUUUUGUGAAGAACAUGAAUGUGGAAGAAAUGUUGGCGAGUGAGGUCAUUGGUGAUUUCCUUGGUGCGGUGAAGAAUGUUUGGCAGCCGACUCAUCUCAAUGCUAUCAACAUCACCUCGGCUCUCGACCGAGGUGGGCGAGUGCCUCUUCCCAUCAAUAACAUGAAGGAAGGGGUUUACGUCAUGGUGGGUACGGACUUGGUGUUUUCAUCGUGUCUAAGAGAGGUGGAAACUCCUCAGAAUCAACAGAAGUGUAGCCAGGAAAUGGAACCCAGCAUUAGUUGUGACAAGAAAUUCAGAGCCCAGUUUGACAUUGACUGGUGUAAACUGUCUUUGGUUGAUAAAACGAAAAAUCCUUCGGUGGCCCAUAAGGAGGUUCGAGGAGAUGGUAUCCUGCCUGAUGAUGGAGAGUAUAAGCCUCCUUCAACUAACCUGAAGAGCAAGGAUUAUUACACAGACUUUGUUAUUACACUAGCAGCACCAGUUGCUGUUGCAAUGGUGCUGUUUGUUAUCCUUGGUUACAUCAUGUUCUGCCGUCGAGAAGGAGUGCAAAAGAGAAACAUGCAAACACCAGACAUCCAGUUGGUGCAUCAUAGCUCCAUCCAGAAGUCUACCAAGGAGCUUCGAAACAUGUCGAAGAACCGGGAAGCAGCUUGGCCUCUCUCCACACUGCCAGUGUUUAACCCUGUCACUGGCGAGAUCAUGCCACCCCUUCACCACUCAGACAACUGUGACACCUCCAACAUGCCACUAAUGCAGACACAACAGAAUCACCCAUUACAGACACAGCUGCCCCAGCAGCAAGGUGCAGGAGAAUUUUGUAUGUCGACAUUUCUGCAAUUUGAGAUAAAUGGCAAACCUGAGGAAGGAAAACUGAAUGAAGCAUUUACCUGAUUCCACUUCUUCUGUAUACUGACCAAAUGCAUGAUCUGUUUUUACUGUGCGCUAACGUAUUAUUUUAAAUCUAUACUGCCACUGCACUUCACAAAUAUAUAUUAUACAUUUUAUUCCAGCAUUGAAAAAGCAGCAUUUUUGCACAUGUUUUAUACAAGCAAUUUAAAUAAUUUUAUUUAAUUUUUGUUAAAAAAGGAAAAUGUUUGUAUUGCAUGUAGAGAAAAUUGUCAAUUACCUAAUAAUGUCCAAAGCAAUGUUACAUUGUGUCAUUAAUAAAUAACUUGCAUAUUCAGUU